AAUACUUAUGGGGUCAGCAGUGUACACGUUCAGCUCAACGUGGAGGUUGUGCCGUUAAUGUUUUUGCUGUAUCAGGGUAACGUUAGAAAUGUUUCAUUUUCUGUACCAUGCAUAAUUUUAUGGAAAGCCUGAUGUUAUUGUAAGUGUAAAGUGUAUUACAUUCUCGUCUGAAGAGUAUUCUGUGUUACUGUCUUCGUUAAAUACGUAACAUGGCACCACAAAAAGGAAAACAAGCAACUAAAGGCCAGAAACAAAUUGUUGAAGAAAAUGCAGCAACUUUAAGUUUUUAUCGGAAUAUGGUAUUCAUUGCAAAUGGAAUAUACUUGACUGUGACAUGUGUUACUUCAGACACAUUCAGUGUGCAAAUGAUUAUACUGUUCUUGUUUGCUGCUGCUGCAUACAUUGGAAGCUUCCAGUUCAUGGCAUAUAUGGCAAGACCAAAGUAUGCAGAUUCGGGACAACUUCUGGACAGCGGAGUUGACCUCAACAUGGAAGGAGGUAUUGCAGAGCAUUUGAAGGAUCUCAUCAUACUGACAUCUGGAUGCCAGCUGCUGUCUCUUAUUUCAAAUUAUUUUUGGUUACUCUGGCUGUUGGCUCCAGUUCGUGGUUUCUGGUUGCUGUGGGUUGGUCUUCUUUCUCCAUGGUUCUUCCAGCAACCUUCUGCACCACAAGAAAUUGAUGAGAAAAAGCAGAGGAAGCUAGAGAGGCGGAUGAAGAGGCACUGAUUGUUUGUUACAUGUCCAUGUUGCACAUUUCCAUUCAAAUUAUUAUUCUAGCUGUACCUUCUCUUUGUAUCAGUGACAGGGUAACAUAUUUCUUAUAAGUGAGUGGGUGAUGUGGACAUGUGUGUUUUCCCAAGUUGCAGGUACACAUCAGUUUCAGCAUGAAGCAGCGCAACUGUCAUGACAAACUUCCAAAAUAUUGCACAUGUCUAAAGUAAGAGUCAAAAACUGAUGUAAAAAACAGAUGAACAAGAAAGAAUAUAGCAGUGUGAUGACUCAGGGGCUCGUGGGCUUUUUACCAUUUUUUAAUGCUAUAAGCGUAACGCAUGUGAAUAUUUCUUUCUUUUCUUGUCCAUUUUCAGAUGAGAUAGUGGAAAUAGACAUUUUGUCUAAAAAAUUCGUAUGUUGUAUAGUUAUUAUAUGUUGCUCCAUAUAAUAUGUAUUAUAGAACUACAUAAUCUAAUUUUUCAGUGUAAAUUCAGAGACUGAAAAAUUGGAGUAUAUUCUCUUGAAAGAAAACAUGGCAGUUUUCAAGGUAUCAAUAGUCAGCACUGAUUUGUAAUUAACAGUGAAAAGAACAGUAUUAUGGUAGCUACGAACAUAAGCUCAGUCCAUUCCUGAAUGUAAAACAUGCACAUGUUUUUCAUGUGUGAAAAUACAGUCUGUAAUAUGCUAAAAAUGCAGGAUGAUCUUGUCAGAAGCUCCAGAUAAAACCACAAGAAAUAACUCAGACUCAGACAAGGUAAAAUGGAAAUUCCAAGAAUGGUAGAACUCUGUUACAAUAUGAGAGGAAACAGCAUGCAAUUUCAGAACAGUUGAGAUAAGUACGUACAAUAUUUGAUCACCAUCAAUGCAUAUACUGUGAUCUUAUUAUUGAAGAACAAGAUAUUUGCAUGUAUUUACACAAUCUCCUGUCUGUACCCAAUAUAUGAGUCAGAAAGAUAUAAAUAUUAUAUAUUGUGGCCUUAUGGAACUGUUGAUAAGCAGCGACUCUGUAAACAUACCUCAUACCUCAAAAACAGGUAUCAAAGAGUUGAAAUAAAUAAUAAAAACUCCAGUCAU